AUGGCCUGCUCUCCCACCCACGACGCGGCUUGCCUGCCGCCCUCCCCCGAUGGCGAGCUCGCGGCCCUCCGCGCCCUCGUCGACGCCCCCGCCGCGCCCCUCACCGCCGCCGCGGACCCCGCCGCGGUCGCCGUUCGCGCUGGCGCGCUCUUCGCCCGCCUCAAGGCCCUCAAUCGCGCCGCCAACGCCGCGGCCCGCACGCACAAGCACGCCACCGCCGACGCGCGCCACGAGAUGGACCAGACCGCGCUCGGGCUCCAGAACCUGCUCUACGAGCGUAGGCACCUCGAGCGCGAGAUCGAGAAGUGCCGCCAGUUCGCGUCCGUGUAUCAGGACAUCACUGUGAACUCGCUCCAGGAGUUCAUGCAGCUCGCCCCGGAGGCAGCGCGGACCGAGAAGGUGCUGGCGGACGAGCACCAGCUCAUGCUCAACCGCCUCAGCUUCGAGCUUUCGGAACGGCAGCGACUCGAUUUGAAACGCAAGGAGCUGCUGAAGGAGAAGGAAACGCUGCUGAAGGAGAGCAAGACUAAGCUCGUCACGAUGGAGGGCGUCAAGAAUCACAUAGACCACUUGAUGAAGACGGCAAGCGAUGUUCAGAAGAAGGUCAACGACCUCGUUCAGACAACGCCCGCAACAACGGAACCCACACCCGCGGUCUCCACUCCAGGCCCGAGCUGA